CCGCCGGACUCUUUAUCGGUUUGUUUUUUCCUCUCGUGCCGAGUCCCCCCACCUUCGGUCCAGCCUUGGCUUCCAGGCGGCCCCAGCGCGGUCACAGGCCACCCCCUGGGGUGCCCGGGGAGAUGUUUCAAGCCUUUCCCGGAGACUACGACUCCGCCUCCCGGUGUAGUUCGUCGCCGUCGGCCGAGUCCCAGUACCUGUCAUCAGUGGACUCCUUUGGCAGCCCUACGACUGCCGCUGCCUCCCAGGAGUGUGCUGGCCUUGGUGACAUGCCUGGCUCCUUCGUGCCCACGGUCACUGCCAUCACCACGAGCCAAGACCUCCAGUGGCUGGUCCAGCCCACCCUCAUCUCCUCCAUGGCUCAGUCCCAGGGCCAGCAGCCGCCUCUGGGCCCCCAGCUGCCCACUGUCGACCCCUAUGACCUGCCUGGCACCAGCUAUUCUUCCCCUGGGAUCAGUGGCUAUGGCAGUGGUGCUGGGCCCUCUGGGACAACUUCUACAGGCCCUCCACCCUCACGUCCUGCUCGGGCCAGGCCUCGAAGGCCCAGAGAAGAAACGCUCACCCCUGAAGAAGAGGAGAAGAGGAGGGUCCGGCGAGAGCGGAACAAACUGGCUGCGGCCAAAUGUCGGAACCGAAGGCGGGAGCUGACAGACCGACUCCAGGCGGAGACCGACCAGCUAGAAGAGGAGAAGGCCGAACUGGAGUCAGAAAUCGCCGAACUGCAGAAGGAGAAGGAACGGCUGCAGUUUGUGCUGGCCGCCCAUAAGCCAGGCUGCAAGAUCCCUUUUGAUGAGGGGCCCGGGCCGGGGGGCCCCCUGGCAGAGGUGAGAGCUUUGCCUGGGCCCACGCCCUCUAAGGACGAUGCGUUCGGGUGGUUCCUGCCGCCGCCGCCCCUGCCCUUCCAGACCAGCCAGCAGCCCGGCCAGGAUGGGCCCCCAGACCUGACGGCUUCUCUCUUUACACACAGUGAGGUCCCAGCCUUCGGCGACCCCUACCCCGUUAACCCUUCGUAUACCACCUCGUUUGUUCUCACGUGCCCGGACGUCUCCGCAUGCGGCGGUGCCCAGCGCAACGGCAGCGACCAGUCCUCUGACUCCCUGAACUCGCCCUCCCUCCUUGCUCUGUGAAUUCUUUUAGAGGGAGGGGGCUCUUCUCUCUGGAGACAAAAAACUGGGGGGAGGUCGCUACGCACCCCUCCACUCUUUUGGCCUGCACCGACCUGAGGAUUCCUUUCCUCCUCGAGGGGUCUCUGACCUGAGUCAGCCUCUCUACAUCCUUGGCCAUCAACCAGCGGAUUCCUCGCCACCCGAGGCUUUCUUCAUUUUCGGCCACCGACCGGAUUCACCUUGACUCGAGGCUCCUUCCCUUCCUUCAUCCCUCCUCAGCUGGGAUUCCACUCGCCCUUGGUCUGAUGCCUGGCCCUUGAACCCUGACCCUUCAACCCUUGGAGCUUGCCCUGCCAUGCCUAUUUGACCCUCCACUCUGACUGUCGCCAGUGAGAAAGGCGGAGACUUUGUGGGGGGCGCACCCUAGGGCCUUGCUCCUGGGGGAGGAGGGGAGGGCAAAGGUAUGGAGAGAGAUUGUUGGUUGCCAUGGCCUGCGAGCCAUCUGGGGCUGGGGGCUUCAGCGGGUUGUGAGGGGGGAGGCUCUGGGAGAUGGGUUCAAAGUCUUACUUGUGAUGGAAUUUCAGGCCCUCCCCCAAGAUAUACCUGCUUGCCAUUGUUUCCCCCAUCCACCCUCCCAACCAGAGUAUUAACUUCUUUAGCCACUUUCCAAAGUCAAAGAUGAAAGGCUCCACCCCCUUCGCUCUCUCUGGGAGAGGAGGAGCCUCCCUUCACCUUUGUAAACAGUAUUAUUCCUAUCACUGGCUUCCUCUUCCCUGCAGCCCUCGGUGGUUUUCUCUGGGCUUUCCCGUGUGGCUAGUAGAGAAAGGUGACUCACCUUUCACCCUUGCCCCUAGCUGAGGUAUUUAUACUGUGAAACAAGGUCUUGGGGAAGGGUAGGGACCCGGGAAGCUCAGUCCACUCCCCAGUCUUCCUUGGAGGGGAGGAGAAAUGAGGGGAACGUUUCCCUUUACCCCAGAGUGGGUCUCCCCAGCCCUUUGAAGCCAAUAUAUUCUUCCUCUAUUUCACCCGACCAGUGAGACAGGCUCCUUUGAAUGAUAGCGGGGGGCGCCCUGUUUACUGUCCUCUAUUGGGUUUAUUUUUCCUCCACCCCCCCCAACCCCCCAGCCUAGGACGCCAACUUCUCCCCUGUCUCGUCCAGGAAGAUGGGCCAACUCUCUUGGGGGAAAAGUGACAGAGCUGAGGCUUCUGGCCUUUGGGGGAGCUGAACUGGUGGACUCAUCCCCUCCCCUUACUUCUUUGCUUAAAAUUGGUGGUAGUUUAGGGGAGGGGGUGCUGGUGGACAGUGAUCUCAAAGCAUCCAUUGCUGUUGAAAGCUGGGUAGUUCAAUGUCCAGCCCUGAGUUGUCCCCAUUCAUACCCACCUGUCCCCUAAUUCUAUCCCAUACCUCUUCUUUUUUUAAAUCUGGGGAACUGCUAUCUCCACCUAUUUGUCCCUGGGGUGAUCAAAAGGAUCGAUACCCAGCUCCAGUCUCUCCCUGGACAUAGCCCUUUCUCUUCCCUUCUCCCCUCCUCCUGCAACCCCCACCUCCCCUACCUUCUGGUUUUUUGUUUUUGUUUUUUAAACAUUUAUAGAUUUCCUCAUUUACAGUUGAGGAAAAUGAGACUCUUGAGACAUUAAUUUGUCUAGGGGCUCAGAGCUAUUAAGUGUCCCUGGAAGGAUUUGAACCCAGGACUUUCUGUCUCCAAUUCCAGAGGGAUCGUCUAUGAUUUAAAAAAAUUUUAUUUUUGGAAAUCGGGCCUGGUGAUCUCAAAGCAUCUAUGAUAGGUCAAUAGGACAAUGAGACAAAUCCAGGAGGGCCUAAGCUAUCCCCUGCGCCUUACCCUCUGGCUCCUUAGCUUCCUUCCCAGGCCAAAUCCUCCAGGCCUUAGGAAAGGGCCCAAAAUGCGAUCAGGCUGCCCCUUCCCCAUGCCUCCUUCUCUCCUUUUGCCUCAUACCGUGAGAAUUGUUCAAAACAAGAGAAAUUCCCAAUUAAAAAAUAUUUAGGAGAUUGGGGGCCCCAUCCUUCCUGUUCUAGUCCCUUUUACUGCAUGGACAACAUUCCACACCAGACCUGUUCCCUCACUAACCACCCCCCCCACCCCAAAUCGCUGGCCUCAACAAUUUCACCCUUUCCUGGUUUCCAAAAGGCACUAUAUCUAUUCUGUAUAAAUAUAUAUUAUAUUAUAUUAUAUAUAUGGUGUGUGUGUAAGUGUACAUGUAUGUAUGUAUGUAUGUAUGCGCGUGUGUCAGGCUAUAAUCCUGCCCCACUCCAAGCCCUCAGGCUGUGUGGCUGAAGUGAACGCUUGACAAUCAGGGUACCUUUGCUUCCUCUAUCUCUUCUUUUACGUUUGUCUCUGCUCCCUUCUCAGUAAUCCUUGCUACCAUUUUGUCCCUCUCUCUGUUUCUUCCCUUCAUGUUGUCUGUCUCUCUGUCUCUCUGUUUCAUGGUCUGACUCUUUCCUGAAUUUCUGUCUGUCAUUCUCUCUCUGUUUGUCUUUGAAAACGAUUCGUUUUUCCUGUGACCAAACUCAAUGACUAAUUUGUCCCUCCCUCCUCCAGGGUGUGUGUGUGUGUGUGUGUGUGUGUGUGUGUGUGUGUGUGUGUGUGUGUGUGUGUGUGUGUGUGUGUGUUGAUUGGGAGGAAUUUCUGCCAACCACAGUUUAUUGGUUUCCUCCCUGCCAGCCCCUUUCCCCUCACACCCAUGCCCAAUACUGUAUUUGUGAUUUUUUUUGUAUUUUGUACCUGACCCCAGGAAGGGGCUAGGGCUGGGCUGGUUGGUGUUGGGCUGAGUGGUUUCUCUCCCUCCAAUCCCCAGGAUUUGCCUCAAGUGUUUCAACCCACCCAAUAAAAAGGCUUUACAAAAACA